GGCUCCUCUGUGAUGAUCACAGGUGUGAGGGUGGAGGGGACAGCGGUGGAGGACUCGCCAGACUCUGAGCUGUCGCUAGACUCAUCAUCUUCAUCCUCCUCUUCUUCGGUUUCCUGGAGACAUAGAGUUGAGAGGUGCUUUACGUGCCUGUGGAACCACAAGUGCCUGUUUCCUCAUGGACUGAGCUGGUGGUCGUCUUACCUGUGGACAAGACAUCAUAACAAACUCAGCUUUCCAUGUAUGCGAUGGGAGGAGCCGUCUGAGUGUCUGCUUCCAUCUUUAAUGAUGGACUCGUCCUAUACUGUGUAAUUCACCGGGUUAUAACUGGAAAGCCACAGCGCAGCAGAAUCAUGACAGACGCCCAUAUGGCUGUUUUUGAGUCUGGCACUGAAAGCAGGCCACUGAGUUUCCUGCCAAUCCCAAGAAGAGUACAGCUGUGUGCAGGCUGCAUGAAGAGAUGAUACUCCACCAAGAGAGAGUUCUUCCUGUUACAACCAGUGCUGGAUAAAUCAUAUUACCUGUCCAGGUGUGCAGCGCCUGUCUUCUAACUUGUCCAAAAAGGGACGUCCCUCCUUUCAAGACCCUCCACAGAGGAAAGAGUCAGUGAUGGAUGAAUGAAUAGAGGUUUCGCCGAGGCAGACACUGCUGUACAGUCUGCCUGUGUGUGUUUGUGUGGCUGCUGCAGCCAGCUUCUCGUGUGGUUGAAGGGAGGGUGUCAUGACACUUCAUACAGUAGCUCUGAACGCCAGGAAGUGAAGUGAGCUGAAGCAGAGCUGCAGGACUCAAACCACUGAUGACACAGACACGGACAGAGGAGCUACACGACUGACACAGCACUCCAUGGAACCAUGUCGUCUCCAGAGAUGUGCUGGCCAGUGCCGAUGCGAGCCAUCGGGGCUCAGAACCUCCUGACCAUGCCAGGAGGAGUUUCAAACGCAGGAUAUCUCCACAAGAAAGGAGGCAGCCAGUUCAGCCUCAUGAAAUGGCCACUGAGGUACACCAUCAUCCACAAAGGCUGUGUCUACUACUUUAAAAGUAGUACCUCUCCUGCACCACAGGGGGCAUUCUCUCUCAAUGGCUACAACAGAGUGAUGAGAGCAGCUGAGGAGACGACGUCCAGCAACGUGUUUCCUUUUAAGAUCGUCCACUUCAGUAAGAAACACAGGACGUGGUUUUUCUCUGCAGCCAGUGAAGACGAGAGGAGGAAAUGGAUGCGAUAUCUUCGGAGGGAAAUAGAUUAUUAUAACGACAGAAAAGAGUGUCACUUUUCAAGUGACUCAGAUUCAGAUGCUGACAGUUUUUAUGGCACAAUCGAGAGGCCAAUGGUUAUCAAACAUCCUGUAGACAACACAGAUCAUGAUUAUGUUGAAGAGGAUGAGGAUGAUGAUGAAGAGGAUUAUUUAAAACCCGACGGCAGUUGUUCACCAACAUCUACAGGUCGACUCCCAGGACCUCCCCCCUCCUACCCUCCACCUCCAGUGCCCUCCUCCAACCUCCGUCAAGACUCCAGUCCACUUUUCCACAAAAGAGAGCCUCCUCCAAUCCCACCGCUACACACAAUCCCAACCAUCCCGUUCCCCAAAAAGCCUCCCCCCUCUCUCCCACCUACUCCCGUCCUGAAGGACCUCAACAAAGGCCCACCUCCCCCUCUGCCCUUUGCCCCCCACCUUCAGAAACCUACUUCUCCCUCGCCACCACUUCCUCCUUUAAACACAAAGAAAACUCUUCAAAGCAAGAUCGUCCAAAUGGGGGGGCCCGGGACUGACAAGAAAGACUGGGGGCCUCCAUCAGUGGUUGAAAAUGGUCCCGCCCAUAGCUCCCAUUUUACUGGAGCGAGCCAAUCACAAAACAAUAACCAUCAAGGGAUGUCAAGCAUAAACCGCAACAAGCAGAGCAUACAGCCUCUGCAUGUAGCAAAACCCACAAUUCCCACCCUCAAACCGGUGGUGUCAGAGUCUUUGACAUCCUCCAGUAAUCCUCAACGGUCUCCCCAUCUUAAACCUGGACUUCUCAAUAAGCCGGCACUACCCAAACCCUCUCCACCACCAUUCAAACCGCCCGUGCCUGCAGUGAAGUCCAAGCCACCAGGAACACCCAUUCAAAGAGCGUCUCCAGAUGGGCAGAGUUUCCGAUCACUGGGAGAGGAAACGUCCACAGAGAGCAGGAAGAAACGGGACUCGUCUAAAAGCAGCAAAGGAGACGACUCUGAAGAAGACUAUGUGAAUGUGCAGCUGCCGGACUCGGUGUUCAUCGACACGACUGAAACCAGCUUUGCAGAAAAGUUAUUCAAAGAUGGCCCGACUCCUCCACAGGACGGUCUGUACUGCAUCCGAAACUCAGGAACAAAAACAUCAAAGGUGCUGGUGGUGUGGGAUUCCGGUAUAGCCAAAGCCAGAAAUUAUCGUCUUUUUGAAGAAGGGGGACUUAUAUUCGUGGACAGUGAAGUGACCUUCCCCAAUCUGUCAGCUCUGAUCGAACACUACUACAGCCAUCCUCUUCCUCACCACGGCUCGCUCUGCCUGCAGAAGCCCUACACAGGGAUGCAGAGCUCCUGAUCAACACAGUGAACUCAUGCAAAUACAACUAGAAGUAAAGAAGAACAGAGAGUUCAAAUCAGUCUCUGCAGCAUCCUCCAAUAGUACACUCUUUAUUGAAUGAAGAAGAAAACAACCUGACACCUUUCUGCAUCAGAUUUCACCAUGAAACCCAACAGCAAACAAGAAUAUGCUACAUUUAUGACUGGCAACUUCACAUAUGAAAUCAACGAUUAAUGGAAAUUCUUCAACUUUAUUUAAACAAACUAGAACUUCUCUGAACACAGUGAGCCAUCCUAAUCCUCAUUUGUUGACUAGAAAUUAGACUUUCUGUACAUAUACACCAACUAUUAAAGAACUGGUUAAUUUAUAAGAAAAGACAAUCUUCUCAAAAUCCAACAAACUUUCUUUACAGGCCUGAGAUUUGCCUUUAUCUGCAUACAUUCAUGUUUUUUUAGCGAACAAUUUAAUCCAAACUAAAAAAUGUGUUCAAACAAGCAAACGUGGAAAACAAAAUGUAGAGUCACAAUUGACAGUUAGGUAAGCUAGAGAUGUAAUUAGCAUCUUUAAACUGCAAAAAACAUAGCCUAUAACUGUAGCAGAAUAAUACUAGUCAUCUAUUGUUUAUCCUCCUGAGACCUGAGUUUUUGUUUAGAAUGAAUGUUAAAUUUCCUCCACUUAUUUGAGAUUAGUAGAACCUGAUCGAUGUAAAAGCUCAGGCUUGUCUUUGAACAGGAAGUACUUUUUACCAAAAAGAGGUGUCCACAAAUCUCCUGCAGGUCCUGUUUCUGCAGAAAAUAUAGCACUGAAUUGGUUUUGGUCAAAUCAAGGGAACCUGUAGCCUAGUGUUUAUGCCAGUACCUUAUAUGCAAAGGCUACUGUCCUCAGCCCUGGUUUGAUUCAGGCCUUUGACUCCUUUCCUCCAUAUCAUUUCCCACUCUCUUUAACACAUUUCUGACUCUAUCUGCUGUCCUGUCCCUACAAUAAAAGUAAAGGAAGUCAAACAAACCAAAUACUUUAAAAAGGAGAUAGAAAUGUGACUACUUCCAGGUCAAAUAAAACAAAAAGAGCAAAUCCAAGCAGAAGUACGACCACAAGUUUUAGAGACAUGACAUGACAGGACUGCAGCUACGCCUCAUGUACUGUAUUCAACGACUCAUUAAGGGGAAAAAACUCAAGUCUUUCAUGUCAAGAGGCAGAAGCCCAAACUGGUUAAGCACAGCCUCUCAUGAUCUUAACAGAGCAGUGGAUGGAUGCUCUAUUAGACCUGUAUUAUUAAGCAGAAGCUCAAAGUGGCCUUUUCCUUUAAAAAAUGAAGUUUAAAAAUCUCACUAGCCUCCACAAACCUGACUUAUUUAUGCAACAUAUGACACAUUUCUUUGUAUUAAAUGGCAAAGUAUUUGACAUCCUGUAAACAAAGUCUGUGCUAAUUUCUGUUUUCAAUGCUGUAAAUAACUCCAUAUUUAUAUGUAAAUGUUGUAUGUACUGUAAAAACAUGCAUGUAAAAAUGUACAUAUGUUUUAUAUGAAUAAA